GUAUAUUUCUUACUAGCUAAGCAACAUCAUGGAAAACACAGCAAAAGCAAAUAAAAAUGAUAUUCAAGAUGAGCCACCAAAAGAUAUGAAGUUGCCUACCAGUGAAGCAUUUCUGGACUAUCAUUGUCAAAUAAAGGAAAAUGCAGUCGAACGAUUCAUGGCUCAAAUAAAGAAACUUAGAGAAAAAAACCAAAAGUGUCAGGAGAGAAAUAGACACUUAAAGGAUGAACAGAUUUGGCACAUACGGAACCUACUGAAGGAACUGAGUGAAGAGAGGUCAGAAGGAGUAACAGUUGUAACAAGAAAGGAUGUUGAAACAGCAAUGAAGGAAAAGUGGAAGUUUGAAAGAGACCAGGAACAAAACUUGAAAGAUAUGCGCUUGCAAAUAAGUAAUGCUGAGAAACUAUUUCUUGAGAAACUUAGCGAGAAGGAAUAUUGGGAAGAGUACAAGAAUGUAGGGAGUGAACAACAUGCUAAACUCAUUAUCUCCUUACAAAAUGACAUCAAUAAAGUUAAAGAGAAUGCAGAGAAAAUGUCAGAACAAUAUAAAAUCACUCUGGAAGAUGCUAGGAAGAGAAUAAUCCGAGAAACUUUAUUGCAACUGGACCAAAGGAAGGAAUGGGCCACACAGAAUUCUCUAAGGUUCAUUGACAAGGGCAGCUAUCGAGAGAUCUGGGAGAAUGACUGGCUAAAAAGAGAGAUUGCAAAUCAUAGGAAGGAAGUUGAAAUAUUGGAAAAAGCUAUUCAUGAACUGGAAGAAGAAAAUUUGGUGCUCAUCGAUCAACUAUUCAAUUGUAGACUUGUGGAUCUCAAAAUACCCAGGCGACUAUAUCUUACUAAAGCUGCUGGACAGGAAGUGCCACCUGAAGAAGUGCUUUUAGAUGUUCCAAAAAUAUAUAUAGAAGAGUCAAAAUUGCAACCUGUAGAAGAAACAAGUAGAGACAUGAUGAGCCCAUCAGUUGAGAUCAGUGCUUUAGAUGUUAGUAAUGAGGACAGCAUCAGAUGUGAUGAGCAUCUGAAGACAGAUAAAGAACAGGACUCAAGUACAAAGUUUGAGGCCCCUGAUGUGAAAUACUUACUGUAUGAGGAUGAGUGGGAUUUCAAGGAUUAUGUAAGCUUGGGCCCCCUGGAAGUAAAGCUCAUGCGUGUGGAGAGCAAGAAAAUGCCCAUUUAUUUUCAAGAGAAGGAAGCUCCGGUCAAAUUCUAUGAAGAUGUCAGGAGCCCAGAAAGCCACAUCACAUAUAAAAUGAUGAAAUCUUUUCUCUAA